CUCGAGUAAGUUUGUGUUGAAAUGGCAGCCACCGCAGUCAAAACGUUGGGUAUCGUCAAAGAUGUACCUCCACUGUAUUAUAGAAUCUUGUCAAAAUUUCCACAAAACUUCGCAUUUUGCUUUGCUUACGGGUCAGCUGUCAAGCCUCAAAUAGGAAACGAAAAGAAACAAAAUAUGAUAGACCUCAUAUAUUGUGUUGAAAACUCUCACCGAUGGCAUGGAGCUAAUAUUGAACAGAAUCCAUCACAUUACUCGGCUCUUCGCUUCCUGGGCAAAGGAUUUGUAGCAAAGUUCCAAGAGAAUUGGGGAGCCAAAGUUUACUUCAAUACUUUAGUUGAAAUUAAAGAAGAAAAUGUUAUGAUAAAGUAUGGUGUUGUAUCCCAAAAAGACUUGAUAGCAGAUCUUCUCGAUUGGAAUGACUUAUAUUUGGCUGGCCGUCUCCAUAAACCUGUAGAAAUCAUAAAGCAAACUAACAGCUCGCAACUCCAAAAAGCUCUUCAGUUGAAUUUAAGGUCUGCUGUUCACACUGCAUUACUCAUUUUACCAGAAACAUUUUCAGAAUAUGACUUUUACUUUGCUAUUUCUAAUCUUAGUUAUGCAGGAGACUUUAGAAUGACAUUUGGGGAAAAUAAAAAUAAAGUACGUAAUAUAGUGCAACCUCAGUUGUUAAGUUUUCGUGAACUCUACCGGCCGGUGCUGCAACAAUUCCAUGCCUAUGUAGAUUUUGCUGCAGGAGAUGCACAAUGUCACCAAGAUCUGCACCCUGAAACUAAAUUACAUCACUUAAUGCAAUUACCAAUGAUUCCUCAACAGCAAAUUGUAAAGUUUUGGAACCAUGGAGGACUGCAGCAGGAUAUGGAAGAUGUGUUGCGAGCAGUUGCAUAUGAUAUAGAUUGUGCUGUUAUACUGAGACAGAUUCUCAAAAAUAUUGUUUGGCAGUCAAGUGUGCGACAAUCACUCAAAGGCAUACUGACAGCUGGCUUCCUUAAAUCCAUUCGCUACAGUGCUAAAAAGAUUGCAAAAAUGUUUUAA